AUGUCUACUAAUGUCCCAACAACCACAUGCAAUGACAGUGCAAGCCUUCCAGUUUCAGAGUUCUCUGGAAACCAGUCUCAAGCUGAAAAGUUGUCUCCAUCUAAAUUGGAGCACUCUGAUGAUGACAAAAACCUCCUCGACCUCCAUCCUCCUGAGGCCUCUUUUGAGAAUGAUACUACAGCCAUCCUUGUAGAGCCCGGAAACCUCUCAUUUCUAUGCCCUGAUGUCUUGGCCCUUCUGGAGAGACAUAUAAAAAAGAAGGGUGAUUUCCUGAUGCAGAACAAAAAGCAAAAGGAAACAAAAUCUUUUCCAAAAGAACUUAAGCCAGACGACCAAUUGAAUUCUUCAGGGAAAAGGUUAGAGUCAGUUGCUGAGCAACAGGACUCACCUGUCUCCCUUCCUUCACAGAGCAGUGAAGGCAAAUCAGAGGGAUUGCAGGUAGACCACCAGUCCUCAGAUCCUAAGACCUUUGAGGAUAACUUACCUAAAAAAUGUACCCAAUUCUUCUGGGGUCUCCCAUCUUUGCAUAGUGAGUCCUUGAAAUCUAUAGUACCUGAAUCAGGUGACUGUUCAACCUAUGUCUGCUUCAAUUCAAUGCCUAGUUCCUUUGAAGCCCCUGCAUCUCUAGUUCUACCCCCUCCCCCAACUCUGUCCUUGCCUGAGAUCCAAUCUCAACCCUUGACCCAAGCAUUGUGCCAAUCUCCUGUCCCACCCCAGGACCAGCUUCAGUGCCAAUCUCCUGUCCCACCCCAGGACCAGCUUCAAUUUUCAGUCCCUACCUUGUCACCACCCAUUUCAUCUCAGGUUAGUGAUGGUGGAGUGAGGAUUCAUAGAUUCCAGGAUGAGGUACACUCUCUCAUGCCAUCCAAAAUUCAUGACUUGGAAUAUAAUGUAUUACAGAAAGGACAGGAAAGUUUGUGGGGUUUACCCUCUGUGGUUCAAAAAUCCAAGGAAGAGUUUUGUCCUGCAGCUCCCAGUGUUUUAUCUGAUAGACGGUCCUCCAAGGCUUAUGCUCCAACAACCAUCAUUCUGGGAGAUUUUCCCCUCAAAAAAGAGCUUCGGAAGAAGCUAGAGCACCACCUUCAGAAAAGGCUUAUUCAACACCGGUGGGGUCUGCCCCGCAGAGUCCAUGAGUCUCUGUCAUCAAGGAUGAGUCCUGAAACAAAAAUUUCCGAGAUAUCUGAGUCAAAGUCCACUUAUGGACUUUCAUGGAUCUCUUUGUUUAAGGGUCAAAGUAGCAAAGAUUUACAAUUGAGCCAUCCCAGAAGUUUCCAUGAGAAGAGCUCAGAAUUACUUCCACUAGAGGAGAGAAUGAAGAAA